AUGGCUAACCAUCGUUGGACAGGCGAUAAAAAUAUACAAUUUAUCAAUGCAUAUCAACUUAACGAGUGUCGUUGGGAUCCGAUACACCCGCAGUACAAAAAUAGAGAUGCUCGAGAAGCGGCAUACAAAAGAAUUAAGGAAGCCAUGCAAAUGGAAACUGUUAAAGAUGUUACAUCAAAACAUCAAUCAAGAAGCUUCUGUUCUGAAUCCAAUAGUGAAGAUUACACUGUACCAUGCACACCUACAAGAAACAAAAGGAAAAUAAAAGAUCCGCUUCUUAAAGCAGUUGAUGCGUUAGAAAAAGUUUCGUCGCAGAACUUUUUAAUGUUAGAGACGAUGACGAAUUUGACCUUUUCGGACGUACUAUAG